GACAUUCGUUUUGAUUUUGACACUUUUCAAUUUAUUUUCUAGAAAAUAAAAAUACGUUUAGGUAGGUACAUACAUGGUACGCUUUAUUUUUAUUUGUUAAAUUGUGAAUUCGGUGGCAGGUUGCAGAUCUUAAAAGAAAUUUCUAUAAAUAUAAUGAGAUCAGUGCGAUUCUUACGAUAAGUAGAUACAUAAUAAGGCAGAUCUAAUCAUGAGCAAACACAUGUAUUCUACGGCUAACUUGACCGACAAAGAGCUGAAAGAACAAGGAAACAGAUUAUUCAGUUUGAGAAGGUUUGAAGAUGCUAUGAAUUGCUAUACAAAGGCUAUUAUAAAGAACCCAUCAGUUGCAACAUACUUCACCAACCGGGCUCUAUGCCACCUCAAGAUGAAGCAUUGGGAAGCCACCUGCCAGGAUUGCAGGCGGGCCCUGGACAUAGACAAUAAUCAAGUAAAGGGUCACUUCUUUCUUGGACAAGCAUUAGUGGAAUUAGAAUGCUAUGAUGAAGCCAUAAAGCAUUUACACCGAGCCAGUGAUUUGGCUCGUGAACAAAAACUGAAUUUCGGUGAUGACAUAGCGGCCCAACUCCGUGUCGCGAGGAAGAAACGAUGGAAUGUCCAAGAAGAGAAAAGAAUAUCUCAAGAGAUUGAACUGCAGACUUAUUUAAAUAGGUUAAUUAGUGAAGAUAUGCAACGUAGAAUAGAAGCAAUUAAAUUAGAAAAUACUAACGAGGAAGACUCUAAUAUGAAAAUUAUCAAGGUCGAGGAGGAAUGUAAUAACUACAGUAGUGAGCUCAAUAAUUUAUUUUCAAAAAUGGAUGAUAGAAGAAGGAAACGCGACGUACCAGACUACCUGUGUGGUAAAAUCAGUUUUGAGAUCUUGAAUGAGCCGGUGAUCACACCCAGCGGCAUCACUUACGAGAAGAAGGACAUAGAGGAACAUCUCGAGCGAGUGGGCCACUUCGACCCGGUGACCCGCGUGAAGCUGACCGCGGACCAGCUCAUACCCAACUUCACCAUGAAGGAGGUGGUCGACGCCUUCCUCCAGGACAACGAAUGGGCGCUCGACUACUAACUUCACUUUGUCCAUCGUUUUGUGUCACGUGUUGUCGUGAAUUGGUCAUUGUGUUUCAUUUAGACUCUGUUUCACCACUUUUUGAUAAAAUCUUGUAAUUGGACAGAUAAAUUUGCCAGAUAGCCGUUAAAAUUGUGUUUCACAAUUAGAAAGAAUAAGAAUUAAUUAUUUCUCGAAAAGAAUUACAUGCAUAUAAAAUAAAUGAUCCCACAGUAGGCUAGGCCUGUAUCGUGGGAAUCGAGUACAAAUCGUUACAUUUAACAAACAAAAACAUGGCGCGACAAUAUGGAAAAGAAAUAUCUAAAUUAAUUUGAAUCAAUAAAUAAAUCAAUAAAAUAAGAUAAAUGCAAUUCAGAAUUAGUGGUAUAUAGUUAAAUCUGCCUGAAGUUAUUUGCCAGAUCCAUUUCCAUGAUCCAACACAAUUUUAACGGUAUCUAUUGGAUAUUUAUGCUAUGUGGAUAUUUAGCAAACGCUGAAACAGACACAUUUAUGAGUUUUGAUCAUUCCAGUAUAUAGUGCAAGUUAGAUGCGUGGUGGCGCUGCAAUAUCUGGUAAUGUAUCAAAAUGACAUAGAUUUAUGUUUAGUUAUAAUUUCGACCGCGUUUGGUAUAAAAUACACAUCAUUAUUCAAAUAGAACUAGACACUUCUCACGACAAAUAUUUAAUUAUAUUGCAAUUAAAAUAUUACUACAAAAUACAUACUAACAUUUGAUAACUGGCGUGUAUUUAAAUAGCUUUGGGUGCAAUUUCGUGUGUCAUAUGCCUAUAGUGAAUUUAUUCACAUUUACACGUAAGAUCGGCAAAUUCGAGACAAAAAAAAUAAUCAAUGUUUAUAAUGUCUGGACAUUGAGAAUCUGUUGUGUUAAUAAGACACAAAGCGCAAUAGUUUUCUAUGACAUUAUGAAUUCGACAAAAUUGUCUCAUGAUUUUUGUGUAUUAUGAUUUAAUGACAGCUAUGUAUUACAGGAACUGUUUUCAAAAUUUAGUUUGUGUUAUUUUUUUUUGCUUUCACUCACUCGUUGUAUUGUACUCAUUGUGGAGUGUAUAAUAAUUAUCGAUUUCUGUGACGUUGUUCCUAAAUCCCUGUGUAAAUCUGUUUAAGGUUGUGCAAAAUUGUUUUCCUGUACAUAAUUUAUUUCAAAUAUAAUGUGGAAUGUUAAUUGUAAGUUAAAUAAGAAAAUUCAAUAUUUUGAAACUGUCUUGUCUGUAUUUUGAAAAUGAAUACGGAAUGUAGCCUCUGUUGCUUUUUCACGCUAACAAAAUGCCUCUUUUGAAGGUUUAUUUUUAAUCUAAUCGUAUCUUCUUGAUAAAAAGGUAAUCCUUUUUUGGAUUAGUCGAAAUAUUAAUAAAUAAAUUUGGCACCAUUUUUCUCUUCUACGUCAUAUAUCUAUUGAUAUUUUUUCAGUGAUACAACUACUUAGAAACAAUCGGUUCAUAUAAUUAUUACUACUCAGCAAAUAUACGCUAAAAAAUAGUGCAAAUAUAUUUAAAAGUUUCGUGUCGUCGUUGUGUUAGAUUCCUAUACUUGUUGUUUCUUAUACUUGUUAGUUUGCUAAAAAUUCUUCAAAGAGAAAUUCUGAUUUCUUAUAUGCUUUCUAUUCAUAGUCCAGCGGUUUUCAAAGUGUCGGUUUCAGUUUUAAUUUACUGUUCCGUCAAAUGUUUUGAUUUCCAAAGUUGUUCCAUCUUUAAAAUAGUAUGAGAAACGCUGUUGUGGACAGUUAAUUUUGUUUAUUGUGCUCAAUUGGCAAGAAAAGACGAAAUUGCAGUAUAAAAGUAGGCCGCAGGCCAUGUAAUAAUGUAGGUAUUGCCAGAAAAUGUAAGUGUAUGUUAGAUUGUGUACCCAUUGUGAUGAAAUUGUACAUUUUGUUUUUUUUCGUUAUGUGAUUAUUAUGUUUAAGGCUUUAGCUAUUUCACUUGCCUAUUAAUUAUGAACUGUGUUAACACGAAUUUAAUGUGUUUAUAAUGUUAAAAUUUUGUCUAGCUAAAUAAUGUUAAGAUUUCUUACCUCGAAGGUAAAGGCUGUCUGUAUUCUCAUUUAAUCUUCUAAGUAAUAAGUUUGUCUAUUUGAUUUAGUAGACUCGACACGCCUAAUUUGUUUCAACAUAUUUUAUCAAUUCUACGCUUGAUAAUUCAAAAAUAUAAUUUAAGGCAAAUAAUCUUCGGCUGUCACAGUGUCUUCUUUGGCAUUCAAUAUCGACCGAUGAACCAAUCACAAUAUGUCAUUGUGACACGACGGCAACGACAUCGUAAUGUGAUUGGUUCGCUGCGAACUCACUUCACUUUUGACAGCCGAUAUCGAAUAGCAAAGGCGUAUUAAAGCCGUCUCUUUCUAAACUUGCGAGACAGUUAUAGGACAAGUCGGUAAAAUAUAUUUUUAAAUGUACUCGCGUGAGGUCAUUGUAUUUACAAGUUACUUGCCGUGAGUUUAUACGGAGUAUAUAGUAAUACUUACGAUAUCAUCGAUCAAGCAAAUAAUAAAAAGUAAAACGGCAAAUAAACGUGUCUAUACAAUAGGUGUUGUUAAUUGGGUCGUAUAGUCUACUGAGUUUAGUUUCUUUUAGUUAUUAAACGCGCGAUUUGAUAAUUAAAUGGAAUUGAUAAUUUGGACACAUUUAAAAUCUGACUGCAUUUAUAAAUGUGAUUAGAUUUUGGCCACGACUGAGCUGGAUUACGUUUUUGAAAGGUCUCAAAAAAAUCCUACCACAUCUAGCACCAUAUCUGAUGGAGAUUAUUCUAUGACUCUAUACUUCGGAAUCGGGAGAAACACCUUUGUGUCUAUGUAAUAAGGGUGUCGCAAAUAUGUCCGUUGCUAAAGCCGAUGCAAAUGGUAUUAGCGACACAUUUAUUCCAUAAAGGAUUUACUGACCGUCUAAAGCCGAUUCUGCAACGUGUGGGGUCUUCUUUAAUAUUAUAUGUACUUUGACAUAAAAGUCUAUUAUAGCCCUAUUCGGUACGUUUCCGAAUGAAAAGAUAAGUAAUAUAUGAUGAAACAUGUGACUGUAAUGUUACUAUAAGUAAAUGUGAUUUUAUAA